AAGGGCCCCACUAGUUCAGUUCAAUAUUCGGCCCGCCCUCUGCGGGAGCAUUCGUUCCCAAAAGGGAUAGCCAACCUGAGAACUAGUACAGCUAGUGCGAAUGGAGCAACUCGUGAUUUCCAGUACUGA